AUGCCUCCCCACGUGCCCAUCCGCGCCUUCUCGACGCUCCCCCCACGUCUCCCAAAACACACCCCACGUCGCAGGCGUGUUCGUGCCACAUUACAAUCUGGCCAGCCAUUGCACGAGACCCGUCCCCAUCUCGUGCAGCCUGGCCAGUUGACUCCCGGCAUAUCUGCUGCAGAAUACUUUUCUCGGCGGUUACGCAUUGCCAAUGCCUUACGGUCAAGAUCAACAUCAGGAUCAACAUCCAACUCUCGUCCAUCCUCGUCAUCCUCGUCAUCCUCGUGUCCGUCGAUAUUGGCCAUACUUGCAGGGAAUAAAGUCCAUUAUGCCUCGGGCCCAGUGUUUUAUCCGUUCCAACAAAACACAGACCUAUUCUAUCUCACUGGCUGGAACGAGCCAGAUUCUAUUGCCGUACUGGAAUUGGCCCCUCAUGAAGACGAGCCCAUACUGCACAUGGUAGUGCCCCGUAAGGACCCUUACAUGGAACUAUGGCAGGGCGCCAGAACAGGUGUUCAAGGAGCCAUGGACAUUUUCAACGCCGAUUCCGCACUGGCCAACGACGAUCCAGGCUUGCUGCAACACAUCCAGUCGCUUGUGAAACGGUCCGACAUCAUCUACUACGACGGACAGUGGAAUAACCAGUACGCCAGCACAAUCCAGAAGGCUAUCGACUCUGUCUCAUUUGCGUAUCGCAACAAAACCAUCUACAAAGACCUUUCGCGGCUCGUAGCCGCCCAGCGCGUCAUCAAGUCUUCCGCAGAACUUGCAGUAAUGGCUCGUGCGUCGUACGCGUCGGCUCUCUCUUUCAACGAAGCCCUAUCACAAUCUGCAUUCCUUAGUGAAAAACAGUUGCAAUCCUUCUUGGAGUAUCGAUUCAUCCAGAACGGAGCUGACAAAUCGGCAUAUGUGCCCGUGGUCGCUUCCGGAUCCAAUGCUCUUUGUGUUCAUUACACGAUCAACGACGAUCUCAUCUACAACGACGAACUUGUAUUGGUGGAUGCUGCUGGUAGUUACGGCGGGUAUUGUUCAGACAUCUCAAGAACUUGGCCUGCCAACGCCACCGGGUUUACCCCAGCUCAAAAAGAAUUGUACCAAGCGGUGUUGAAUGUGCAAAAACAAUGCAUCUUGCAAUCCACUCAAGCUUCGGGCCAUUCCCUCAACGAUAUCCACCAGCUGAGUGUGGAUCUCAUGGUGCAAGAGUUGAAAAACUGCGGCCUGGCCUCCAUCGACAGGUCCAAGAUCAACACUCUCUACCCGCACUAUAUAGGCCACAACUUGGGGCUUGACGUUCAUGACGCUCCGGAAUAUUCAAGAUUGAAACCUUUACAAGAAAAUCAAGUCAUCACCAUCGAGCCCGGUGUUUACGUCCCCGACGACCCUGCAUACCCUGAACAUUUCAGAAACAUCGGCAUUAGAAUAGAAGAUGAUAUUCGUGUAGGCAUCGAUGAUUCCCAAAUCUUGACCAUCGAUGCUGUAAAGGAAAUUUCCGAUAUAGAAUCUCGUCUUGCUUGA